AGAACCAUUUCGCUACAUCUCCGGAUCUAUUCAUUAUUUUAGAAUUCAUCCAAGCCAAUGGAUGGAUAGGCUUGCCAGAGUAAGAGCGCUGGGAUUCAAUGCAAUCCAAUAUUACAUUCCAUGGAAUUUCCAUGAAAUUAACGAAGGCGAGUAUGAUUUUUCUGAUUGGCGCAAUUUUACGGAAUUUUCCCGAAUUGCCCAUGAUCUGGGAAUGUACUCAUUGCUAAGAAUAGGACCUUACGUCUGUGCUGAAUGGGAGAAUGGUGGUUUACCAUGGUGGCUGCUAAAGAAAAAUAUUACAAUGAUGAGGACAAGAGAAAAAGGUUUCAAAGAUGCCGUAACAAAAUGGUUCUCAGUGCUUUUACCUAAGAUUGAGCCCAUGCUUCGACAACAUGGUGGACCUGUACUGAUGAUACAAGUUGAGAAUGAAUAUGGAAGCUAUAGCGCUUGCGAC